GUGUACACUCUUUUACGUGAGUUGCAUCUUUUAAUUGAAUAUAACGUUAUUGAUUAAAUUGAAUCGUGAUUUGAAAAUAUAAACAAAAUAAUUAGGAGAAUAAUAACAACACCUCAUGGUAAAGUAAUUAUAAAAGUUGUAAAAUGUUUGGAAACCGAAGAAGAGGCAAAAAUAUUUUGCAGAAGAAUACGGAUGCGUGAUAGUGUUAAUAAUCAGAUCAGGUGUAGAUAAUUCAAGCAUUCUGAGCCGACACUAAGCUGUUCAUUCCAAUUAAAAAAUAAAUAAAAAUCAGCUUCCGUGUUUGAUCAGUUUAUGUGCAGCUCGACUAAUUUUAUUUACAUUUGAGAGGAAAAUAAGAAGAACCUGGAUAUCCAGGGUGAUGGCUGUUGCAAAGCUACACUCCUCUGUUCGUCCUCUUUGUCGUUCUUUUAUCUCUUCAGCAAGAAUGCUUGAAGAAUCCAUUAAAGCUGUGGUGGAAGAUAAAAGAUAUGAACAGAUUCCUGAUAUUCUAAGCUCUUCUGAAGGCUUUCACCGCAGUCCGAAUCCCUUUUCAUUUUUAUCCACCUUCCCUGAAAACACAAGUGUCAAAAUUGUUGACGAAAUUUUACAGUCUUUUUCUCCGAUCAGGCCUCGUUAUCACCCUCAAAUUGCAUAUUCCUGUCUCCUUUCCUACAGUCUCCAAAGCUCAAAUCCUCUCCCACUUGCUCUUGCCAUUCUCCAGCGUACCCUUCGCUCUGGCUGCAUUCCAGUACCUCAAACUCACCUCCUACUCUCCACUGCAUGGAUUGAACGUCGGAGUAAAUCCUAUUCUGUUUCAAGCAUAUUGUUGGAAAUGCAGGAUAUUGGAUAUGCACCUGAUUGUGGCACUUGCAGUUACCUAAUCUCAUCGCUUUGUAAGGUUGAUCAGAUACAUGAAGCAGUUAAUGUAUUGAAGGGAAUGGGCCGUGCUGGUUGUAGUCCGGAUUUGGAUUGUUAUGGUUCUUUAAUUGACAACUUGUCCGAGCUAAGAAUGACGUCUGCUAUCAUAAAGACAUUGAAUGAAAUGGUUGCCAUAUUUGGCUUGAGCCCCAGAAAAGAAACUUUGGUGAAACUUUUGGCAGCACUACGGGCUAACAAAGAGAUAAGGAGAGCAAUUGAAGUAAUUGAGUUCUUAACAAAUGAGGGUGUGCAUAUUGGAUUCGAGUGCUACCAAUCAGUGCUUGAAGGGUGCUUAGAGAGCCGGCAGUUUAUUUUGGCUGGAAAGUUUGUGAUAGAAAUGACCAAGAGAGGCUUUAUACCAUACAUAAGGUCAAGGCAAAUGGUUGUUGAAGGCCUGACAAGUAUUGGUGAGUGGAAACUUGCCAAUGCCGUGAGACAGAGGUUUGCAGAGCUAAGGUCGUAGUUCCAUGCAUACAUGUGAAUCAGUAAGCUUUAUAGAAAGGGAUCAAGAUCAUUAUCCAGACUGAAGGUAUGACUGUAAUUUCAGCAACUCCGUUGGAAGUCCUCUCAGAACCUAGGUACUGUAUAUCACGUUAUAGUUUGUUGGUUAGUUUAUGAAACUCAAAGCUCGUUAUUGCAUUUUCAUAUGCGUUAGACGGAAAGUUAUACAUUUUUUGCUUCUGAAUGAAGUUGUAUAGCUUCUCCAGUAAUUUGAGAUUGAAAUAUAGUUU